CGCGUGCGGAGAUGCCACUUUAUGUGGUGUACCAUGAUUUGCUUCUCACUACUCGUGAGUAUCUCGUGAUGGUGACGGCUGUGGAGCCCUCUUGGCUGUCUGAGGCCUCUCGUGGGGUUUUCUGCACCAAGAGGGCACUGAGAGACUCCACGAUAACAACAACAAGGACGAUGAUAUCAGCCCCGGAAGGAACUACGGCCUUGGCGGCAGUCUCGUCCACACGUGAAGUACGUGCAGUUCCUCCCGCAAGAGGCAUGAGACAACCCCCCGCAAUGGUGGGGGCAAAGUUGUUAAUGUCUCGUCUAUCUUGGAAAUAA